GGUUCCCAGCAAAAUAGAGUAGUUCUCAUCAUAGUACAGUUGUACUUUUGAGCUGCUUUCCUUUAGUGUGUCCACGCUCAGUGAUGAGGCUGUCGGAACCAAUAUUGGACAUGGAAAUAGCAAACUACAGUGAAGUGUUAGAUCCAACGUAUACUUCAUUGGAGUUUGAAACUAUGCAGAUUCUGUAUAAUGGCAAUGACAGUUCUACAGCAGAACCGCUCAACAUGAACACUGCUGACAGUGGAGCCAGUGGGUUUUGUGCAAUAUGUGGAGACAGAGCAACUGGCAAACAUUAUGGUGCCUCCAGUUGUGAUGGAUGCAAGGGAUUCUUCCGACGUAGUAUACGGAAAAGUCAUGUUUAUACUUGCAGAUUCAGCCGACAGUGUGUUGUGGACAAGGACAAAAGGAAUCAAUGCAGAUUCUGUCGUUUAAAAAAGUGUUUUCGAGCAGGAAUGAAAAAAGAAGCUGUACAAAAUGAGCGGGACAGGAUAAGUACGAGAAGAAGCACAUUUGAUGGCCGCAACAGUCCCUCUAUUAACACGUUGUCACAGGCUGAGGUGCUUUCCCGUCAGAUCUCUAUGUCAAAUAUUAGUGUUAAUACUGACAUAAGUGUAAAGAAAAUUGCCACUAUUGGUGAUGUCUGUGAAUCUAUGAAGCAGCAGCUUUUAGUCCUUGUGGAGUGGGCUAAAUAUAUCCCAGCCUUCUGUGAACUACCACUGGAUGAUCAGGUUGCCUUACUAAGAGCACACGCUGGGGAACACCUGUUGCUUGGAGCAGCAAAACGGUCUAUGAUGUACAAAGAUGUUUUACUUUUAGGUAACAAUUAUAUAAUCCAUCGCAACAGUUCCGAAGUAGAAAUCAGCAGAGUGGCAAACCGGAUUCUAGAUGAACUAGUCCGGCCAUUCCAGGAAAUCCAGAUAGAUGACAAUGAGUAUGCUUGCUUGAAAGCAAUUGUGUUUUUUGAUCCAGAUGCAAAGGGACUCAACAAUCCAUUAAAGAUUAAGAACAUGCGAUUCCAAGUCCAGAUAAGUUUAGAGGAUUACAUUAAUGAUCGUCAAUAUGACUCCAGGGGAAGGUUUGGAGAACUUUUGCUUCUGUUACCUACACUCCAGAGUAUCACCUGGCAAAUGAUUGAGCAAAUACAAUUGGUCAAACUAUUCGGAGUGGUUAAAAUUGACAGUUUGCUUCAGGAAAUGUUACUAGGGGGCAUUUCUAAUGAUGCUAGUCAUAUUCAUCAUCCAAUGCAUCCUCAUUUGGCCCAAGAUCCAUUAACUGGCCAAACUAUCCUCAUAAGUCCAAUGUCCACCCCUGUACAUACGGAACAGAUCUCGACUCCAGAAACUCCAUUGCCAUCCCCUCCACAGGGCUCUGGACAAGAAUACAAAAUGUCUACAAAUCAGGCUACAGUCAUUGCACAUCAAUCUAUUUUGAAACAAAAGCCAUUGUGAUAAUGUUUCUUUUUUUUUUCUUUUAUAUGCACUGUAUACAUUUUUAGGACACCUGAACACUGGAAAUCUUAAGAUAAUAAAUUAUAUCUUGUUCUGUUUUAAAUCUUAGAAAGCAAAGCACACUAUGCAGAUUAUACUGCAGAGUACACACACACACACACACACACACACACACACACACAUUUGGUUAACAUUUUUGGAUCAUUUAAUUGAACAGGUUCAUUUUUUAUUUUACAUUUGUAGUUGUCAUUUUUUAUUUUAGAUAUGUACAUACUUUCUUCAUUGAGAUGUGACUCUGAUUUGAGCUUAUUUAGCUAUGAAUGGUAGACUUGAAAGUGUGGGUUAAGAAAACAAUAGCCAAGAUUCCGUAACAAAUAGCAGAGUAGGAUUUUAAACAGAAUAUAUGAAUUAAAGUGAAAGUACUUAAUGGAAGCAAGUCCUGAUUUAUUAACAACUCCUAAAGUGGGGAAAUCAUGCCCCUGAUAAACAGCGUCAACUUAAGAAUUAAAUUUAUUGAAUAACAGCUGUCAUGUUUACCUAUCAGUUUGGAUGAACAUGAUAAAAAUGAGAAAGCCAGCAACAUAGAGAAAUGAGCAAAAACCCCCAAACAAGCAAACCAUGAAAUGUGGGUUUGUGAACCUUAUUUUAUUCUGCACGUGCACUAUGUUUAUGUAGCUAAUUGGUUAGUAUGUGAAUUGUUGGUCUGUGAUCCACAGAGGACAUGGUCUAUAGUCUUCAACUGAAGUGGUUGGGUUAGUACAAGCUGUAGCAGAUCGUGUUUUUAGUUUUGUCAGUUCCCGGUUAAAACUGUGACAUUUUGCCUAAGACAGUAGCCAUCGAGCAAGUAUGCAGUUGGGCAUUCAUCCAGAACUGGAAUGUCAGUGAGCUUCUAUAGGUUGUGAUGAGUCCCCACUUCUGUGAAGGCUGUCACCUUGCAUAACACAACAGAAACUGAACUCAGGGCCUCUAAAGCCAUCAGCAGGAACUGCUAUAGCUUAAGCUAAAGAGGUAGACUUCUAGGGCCUGUAACAAUGGAUAAUCCUUCAUAGCUGAACACAGAAGGGGAUCUGUAACAUACUGACCAGUGGUUACAUUUGCACACAGUUAGUAUAUAAUGUGACCCUGUAUUCACUGGGAUGUAAAGAGACUGUAUUUUGCUGCACUGUCAUUCAGGAAAUGACAUCACAAAAAUACCACUUUGCACAGUCUGGUUAUUCCUAAUAGCAGUGAUCAUUCUUUUUCUAUUUAAUGGAAACUUUUUCUUCAUAAACUGUUAACUAGAAAUUGAAAAUGCAAAGAACUAAAUAAUAAAAGUUGUUAGAUUAUUUUAAUAAAAUUGCACAUUAGAGUCAGAUAUAUGGUUUGCUCUGGCUUUAGGUGCCUUCAUUUAUUGUAGCAUCAGAAAACUAUGUCACCAUCAUGGUGCCACUAACUUGAUGGAUAGUAAAAUAGUAUAUACCCAUCCUUAAAAACUCACAGUCCCUUUUGUGCAGACAGCCACAAAAUAAUAUAAUGUAGGAAAAAUUAAGUGUUGAUUUGAAAAUGUCUAAAAUUUAAUGAGUUCACAUAGCACCAAACAAAAUAUAUGUUACUUUAUGGUAUUUGUAGUUAUUUUAUAAACUGCAAGCCUUU